AUGAAUAACGAAUACGAUUACUUAUUUAAAUUAUUAUUAAUUGGGGAUUCAGGUGUUGGUAAAUCAUGUUUACUUUUGAGGUUUGCUGAUAAUACAUAUACCCCUGAUUAUAUUUCAACUAUUGGUGUUGAUUUUAAAAUUAGAACUAUUGAAUUUGAUGGUAAAACCAUCAAGUUACAAAUUUGGGAUACCGCUGGUCAAGAACGUUUUAGAACAAUCACUUCUUCUUAUUAUCGUGGUGCUCAUGGAAUCAUUAUUGUUUAUGAUGUUACUGAUCAAGAAUCUUUUAAUAACGUUAAACAGUGGUUACAAGAAAUUGACCGUUAUGCUACCGGUGGUGUUAUGAAAUUAUUAGUUGGUAAUAAAGCUGAUUUAUCCGAUAAAAAAGUUGUUGAAUACACCGCUGCUAAAGAGUUUGCUGAUGCUUUGGAUAUUCCUUUCUUGGAAACUUCUGCUUUAUCUUCUUCUAACGUUGAACAAGCUUUUUAUACUAUGGCAAGACAAAUCAAAGCUCAAAUGACUAAUAAUACUUCUUCCAAUAAUGCUAAUAACGCUAACAAUGGUAAAUCAAAUGUUAACUUGAGAGGUCAAUCCUUAACUAACAAUCAAUCAAACUCCUGUUGUUAAUUUGUUGUCCUUUCACCUAUUCUUUUUUAUUUCAAUCCGUUUACUGUUUUAUUUCAAUGUGAGUAUUAGUAUUCUGCCUAUUUCAACCUGAGUAUUACUAUU